AAUGCUUUAUUUAAAGGGAAAAUAAGCUUAGCUUUCCACAAAGAGCCAUGGCUUCAACGUUUAAACCAAUGUUGCUCUUCAUACUCUUCUCAAUCAACACCUUCUCGCCGGCCUCAAGCCAUCAGCAGCACCCCCUAGACCCUCUAACCCCAUCUGAAUUCACCCUGGUCCGAACCAUAGUCAAGAAAUCAUACCCCGGCCCAAACACCUACAACCUAACCUUCCAGUACAUAGGUUUGGACGAGCCAGACAAACCCACCGUCCUCUCAUGGCUAUCAAACCCGGCCUCCAAACCCCUACCUCGCCGAGCCUUCAUCAUCACACGUGUGGAGAAACAAUCCCACGAGAUCGUGGUGGACUUAUCCACCCGUUCGAUAGUCUCCGAUAAAGUGCACAAUGGACAUGGCUACCCUUUGUUUACCUUCGCCGAACAAGUUUCUGCAACCGAAUUGGCACAAACAUACGAGCCAUUUCUUGAGUCCAUUAAGAAGAGGAAGCUGAAUUUAUCUGAUGUGACUUGCUCCACUUUUUCAAUUGGAUGGUUCGGGGAGGCGAAGAGUAAGAGGGUGUUGAAGCUACUUUGCUUCUAUAUAGAGGGGACAGUGAAUUUGUACGUGAGACCCUUGGAGGGAAUAACGUUGGUGGUUGAUCUGGAUGAGAUGAAGAUCGUUAAAUACUUCGAUAGGUUCAUUGUUCCGGUGCCAAAAGCUGAGGGAACAGAGUACCGGGCAUCCAAGCAGAAGCCUCCGUUCGGCCCCCGUUUAAAUGGUGCAGCCUUCGUGCAACCCAAUGGACCAGGGUUUAAAAUUGACGGGCACACUGUCAGUUGGGCCAACUGGGUGUUCCACCUAGGAUUCGACGUUCGAGCUGGCCCAAUAAUUUCUCUAGCGUCAAUACUAGACCUUGAGCAGCAGGCGUAUCGGCAGGUGCUAUACAGAGGAUUUAUAUCUGAGCUGUUUGUGCCUUACAUGGACCCAUCCGAGGAUUGGUACUACAAAACCUUCUUCGAUUCCGGCGAAUUUGGUUUCGGUCAAUCUGCGGUGUCGCUCAAGCCCUUCGCCGAUUGCCCUUCCAAUGCAGUAUUUUUGGACGCAUAUUAUGCCGCAUCAGAUGGCACGCCUGUGAAAACAUCAAACACCUUUUGUAUAUUCGAACGUUAUGCGGGAGACAUCAUGUGGCGUCACACAGAAUUGGGAAUUCCAAAUGAAAUUAUAACGGAGGUUAGGCCAGAGGUGAGCCUAGUUGUGAGGAUGGUCGCAACCGUCGGCAACUAUGACUACGUUCUUGAUUGGGAGUUCAAGCCAAGCGGCUCCAUUAAAUUCGGCGUUGGGCUAACGGGAGUGCUAGAAGUAAAGGGUGCAACAUACACUCACACAGAUCAGGUAAAGGAGGAUAUCCACGGCACCUUGUUAUCGGAAAACACUAUCGGCGUCUACCACGACCACUUUCUGACGUACCAUCUCGACCUCGACGUGGAUGGCAAAGACAACUCCUUCGUCAAGAACAAUUUGGAGACAAUCCGGGUGACAGACGGUAGCUCACCAAGGAAAAGUUAUUGGACGGUUGUGAGUGAAACGGCUAAAACCGAAUCCGAUGCUCGAAUUAAUCUGGUGUCGAAGCCGUCGGAGCUAGUAGUGGUGAAUCCCAACAAGAAAACCAAGAUCGGAAACAACGUCGGUUAUCGUUUGAUUCCAGGGCCAGUGACACACGCUCUCCUGUCGUACGAUGAUUAUCCACAAAUCCGGGGAGCCUUCACUAAUAAUGAUGUGUGGGUCACACCUUAUAACAAGUCAGAGAAAUGGGCCGGGGGACUGUUUACUGACCGGAGCCGAGGAGAUGAUACCUUAGCAGUUUGGAGCCUCCGGAAUAGGAAGAUUGAAAACGAGGAUAUAGUGAUGUGGUACACCAUUGGAUUUCAUCAUGUCCCUUCCCAGGAAGAUUUUCCAGUGAUGCCGACAUUGAGUGGUGGGUUUGAGCUCCGGCCGACCAAUUUCUUUGAGCGCAAUGCAGUCCUUAAAACAAGGGCUAUUAGCCGUGUACACUUGCCUAACUGCACCACCCGACCGUAGGAUUCUAUUCUAUGUUGCCGUGUUGUAAUUGAAGAUUAUCUUCACCACUUUCAAUCUGUAGCUGAUAAUAACAUGGAGAUUUCAUCAACUAUCCAUCAACGUUAUCUUUAUCGUUUUUGUCCUUUUAUCUUUUCCUUAUAAUCCUUACAAAUGUAAUAUCAUUACAAAAGAAAUAAAA